GUUAUUCUCCACCCGUCGUAUCGACCAUCCUCUUCUACCACGCGAUCCUUGCUGCUUCCCCGCAAAGCUUAUCGUCGCACGGCAUUAACCAUGGAUCCUGGUCGGAUUCAAAAGAAGGUCCUUCCGGUGAUAGCUUUCGGACUUUUCAUUUGCUCCAAUCCGCUCGUAUCUGCCAAGCCUAUGAUAGACCAUGACGGGAAGUUGGAAUCUAUCGGGACUUCCAUCAUCUCGUCACUAUAUAUAGGCUUAUCGAGUUAUCGUGCCUUUGGGGAUGAGUCGAAAUCCUUUUCACCCGGACCAGAAGUCAAGUCGUCAGUCAGUUCUAUAUCGUCGUCAUGAAACAUCAAAAAGCCCCUGGCGAGGAGACUACUCCAGCAGUCAAAGGUGAAGUCGCUGGAGCCAUGGACCAGGCAGCAUCAUAUUUGGCUCAGAGUACUCAAUAUCCACCUAUGACUCCGGAGAUGGAGAAGAAACUAAUUCGAAAGCUCGACUGGAUUUUGGUUCCGAUGUUGUUCUUGACGGCCACAUUGGGAGCAGUUGACAAAGUUGCCAUCAGCACCGCGGCGAUUUAUGGGCUGAAAGAAGAUCUCCAUCUGGUCGGCCAGCAAUAUUCCUGGGCUGGAUCUAUUUUAUCGAUCGGUUCAAUUGUUGGCAUGUGGCCCUCGUCCUAUUUGAUCCAAAAGCUCCCUUCCGCGAAAUAUCUAUCGUCUUGUGCGUUUGGCUGGUCUGCCAUGGCCCUCUUGGUUUCCUCGUGCCGCAAUUGGGGUGGGCUGAUGGCGUUACGCUUCUUCAUGGGUUGCUUGGAAGCGAUAAUCGUCCCCUCCGUCACUCUGAUCGUUGCAGGCUUCUACAAGAAACACGAACAACCUCCGAGAAACGCAAUUGUUCUGGCAGCAGUCAGUUCAGUAAUCAAUGGGUUUCUCUCUUGGGCUGUCGGUCAUAUUCCUGAUUCUGCACCGUUGGCCAUUUGGCAGUACUUGUAUCUCAUCGUUGGAACUGUCUCCAUAACAUGGUCCAUCGUCGCUUUUAUCUUCCUUCCUGACUCUCCCAUGACCGCGUCUUUCCUGUCCGAGCAGGAAAAAUACUAUGCAGUGCAGCGGGUGGCGGAGAAUAAGACUGGGAUUGUCAACAAGCAAUGGAAGGGCAAGCAAGCACUCGAGGCAGUCAUGGAUCCAAAAACAUGGAUACUCUUCUUCUUCAACAUUGCCAUCAACAUUCCGAACGGAGGUAAGUCAAACAUUUGCUCGGUUGGAAUCAUCAUCAACAAUCUUGGCUUCUCACCUGUCAAUACAUCCCUCCUGAACAUGCCCACUGGUAUCAUGUCGACACUCUCGGCCUUCUUCUUCUCGUGGCUGGCUGCGAAAUGGACUGACCGGAGAUGUCUCGUUACUAUGAUUGCGGCUUGUUUGCCGAUUAUCGGAUCGGUGAUCGUCUAUACUCUUCCACGCACAAAUAUCGGGGGACAGAUGGUCGGUAUAUAUCUGGUAUGUUGUAUUUCAAUGGCCCAGGCCAACACUGCUGGUCACACGAAGAAGAACUUUCAGUAUUCAAUCUUAUACAUCGGCUAUGCUGUCGGAAAUCUGAUCGGACCUCAAACGUUCCGUGAAGAGCAAGCUCCCGCGUAUACCGGAGGUUUCAUCGCGAUGCUAGCCUGUUAUUGUAUCUGUAUCAGUCUGAUAGCAGUAUACUGGGUUCUGGUUGCUCGGCUGAACAGACGGCUGGAAGGUGUUGAUCCCGAGUCUGAGGCUUCUAAUAAGCAUGUCCGAUGUACUGAGGAAAAGCCGCGGUGUCGGCGUUGCGAGCGACUAAAUCUCAAGUGUGAGCGAGGUCUGAGAUUGAUGUACCAAGAAGAUGCGCUCCAGCGAGGAAUUAGUUUUGGACGUAAAGGAAAAUGGAGCAAGAACAAUGGCAAACAUGAAUUAUCAUCACCGGUUCAUAUAGAAGCUGCAUCGUACACUUUGCCAUUGGACAAGUACGUCGGGCGGUGGAUUUUUCUCAAUACAACAAAUAGCGACUUUGAUAUUGAAAAUCACCCCUCUACAGUGCUCGAAGCCGAUGAACCCACCACUGAAGACCUAUCAGAAUUGGAGCUCGAAUACCAAUAUCUUGACUUGAUGACUUCAUCUUUCCGGCAUCCAUUGGCUGAGUACUCCGAGGUCGAAAGCUACCUCCUCGACUACUUCAUCCACGGGAUAGGACCGAACUGCGCCUUGAGUCAGGUGGACAACCCGUAUAUAUCACUCAUAACGCCUCUUUGCUUUGUACACCCAACGCUACGAAAUGCACUCCUGGCGGCCGCCGGAAACCAGCUGCGUCUAUUGGGAGACACGAGGUUUAUAAAGGAGACGUUAAUCUACACGAGCAGAGCCUUGAAAAGCUUGAACCAAGCUAUCUCACAGAAUAGGAUUGAUGAUGGAGUCAUUGCAACUGUCCUGAUGCUUUGCUUUCAUGAUAUAUCCGAUGAGUGCGACCCCUCCUGGAUCACGCAUCUCCAUGCGGGUCUUGAACUUCUGAAUCAUACGGGGAGCCAUUGCGAGAGCCCAUCACUGCUUAAAUUUGUUACUAUGUAUUUCGUGGCACAUGAUAUUAUGAGCCGGACAGCUGCACAGAGCAAAACGCAAGUUAAGCGGAGAUAUAGCUGGACUGAGAACGAUGAUCUCGAUGAGAUUGACAUGGUCAUGGGCUGCUCGCGGAGAUUGAUGAGCCUAAUCAACGAUAUUUCAGACAUGGCAACGGAGCUAUCCAUAGAUACUCAAAAGGAGUUUCAACCCAAGGAAGAAGACCAAGAUCUAAACACGAGGACUAAUGCGAUCAGGUCUGCAUUAAGCGAUCUGAAGCAAACCUUGCCCACCCACUCAGCAGAUCGAGAUGACCUCUCCAAAAUAGCCGAAAUUAAACGGUUGACAGCACUGUUAUACCUCACAGAGAGACUGAAGAAAAAUGAGCAACAACCAACACUGAGCAAGCGAUACCUUGUAAACACCAUCAUCCGUCAGAUCUCCUCCCUCCCCGACUCGGCAACCCUACUAUGGCCACUCUUUGUCCUCGGGAAUUCCGGAUUAGAGAAUGAAGACCACCGAAGAUUUGUUCUCGACCGACUCGGCAGAAUGCAAAGGACCCGCAAUUUGGGCAGUGUUCGUCGCGCCAGGAUGGCAGUCAAGCAGGCAUUUCAAAAAGUAGAUCUCGAUUACCGAGGUACACGCAGAUGGGGAGUGGCGACAAUUGGGUCUAUCAGUCUAGCAUAG